AUGAACUACAAGCAAGCCUUUUCUGGACUUGUCGGCUUGAUGUACUAUUACGACUGUAACUCGCCGUUCGGAGCUUGCUCCGGCGAGCUUUACCUCCGUGGAAUACUACAACAGGAGCCUGUUGAUGUUGAAGACGCCAACAACCCUGAGAACAGCUGGAAAAUCGAUAGAGAAACCUGUGACAACUUCAAUGUCUCUGCAGGACAUCUACUUGGGGAGCUAGAUUUGGCUGUAGUUGACGCCUGUGCUCAAGUGCGCACACAAUACCGCGCAGACCAUCAGUGA